AACAUAGGAAACAAACUGAAAAACUUUUUUUUUAAAAAGAAGAAGAAGAAGAAGAAGAAGAAGAAGAAGAAGAAGAAGAACUUAAUUAGAGCUAAACAACACCCAGAAUGAGUCUAAGGAAUGUUCUACACUUUAGUGUUUCUUAUUAAAAUGAACAAGGUCAAAAGUUGCUAAAUUAUAGGUCAGAUUAGCAGAGUUAUCACUAGAGAAGUGGAUUUUGUACUGUAAUGGGCACUUAUGCAAGUCUAAAAAUUUGGUUUUGGGUUUUUAAACUAUAAAAUGAAACAAGAAGAAGUGACAGAUCAAGCCUUUUCUAUGUAUUUAUAAUUUUAAAUGAGAUAUUUCCUUUAGAAAUGAGUCAUUUUGUAUGAAUUGUGUAGGUUUCAUAACCGUCAACACGGAGGUUAGGUAACAGGAAUACAUAACAAACACACGUGACUUAUUACAUGAAUGGGAAGUAGUAGGUGGUGCUUUUGUUGUCAUGUAACCAUUACUUAACUCACAGGUAUAUAAUGCUGAACCAAUAACUAUAGUUCAGUGUCUUUUCUUCAGUCUGUUUCUGAAAUCUGACCACAUUAACUACAAAACAGCUGAACACAAUGGGAGCUCAUAGCAUCGCCCGUAUAGCCAUUAUAGUGGUCUCAGUUGUGGUUUAUAUAGCCGGGAUCACGUUCAACAUCCUUGCUGCACGAGGGACGGGUCCUUUCUUGAUGAUGACUGCAAACGUCUCUGAUACAUACAACACACAAAUCACUCCAUCUGGAUGGACCUUCUCAAUCUGGGGUGUCAUCUAUUUCUGGUUAACUGCUAUGUUUAUCUACAUUGUGUCUACUAUAUUCAGAAGGAAUGCCUUCGGACCGAUGUACUGCAGCCAUUCAGUGUUGCCGUACGGCUUCUUCAUCUGCUGGAUUUUGAAUAUUCUGUUUAACAUUAGCUGGCUUCUGCUGUGGGACAGAGAGGUGAUGAUCGCAGCAUUGAUCAUGCUUGCUUUUGUUGCAUUCACAAACUACAUGAUGAUUUUCUUCUCCUGUCGUGGACUUAAAGAAUACGGAGCCUGGUUAAACAAGUAUCACAACAAGGAUCUCUGGUGCAUUCGUAUACUGGUUCAGAACGGCUUGGCUGUAUACACAACAUGGACGUCUAUCGCUACCCUGAUUAACCUGACCAUAGUGGUGAGCUACGAUGCUGGAAUGAGCAAAUCAGACGCAGCAACGCUGUCACUCUCACUGCUAUCGGUGGAGGUCCUUGUUUGGUUUGUUCUGGAGAACAGUUUUCUUGAGAAGCAUGUACGCUACAUCCUGACUGUCUACCCUGUUAUCAUCGUUGCCUUAUCUGGAAACAUGACAAAGAAUUUUGACGCUUCGGCUCCUGGACAGAAUGGUAUAUUUACUGCGUUGCUGCUUGCUUUAGCCUGUGUGCUGUUUGUAAUCAGGGUGUGUUUGGUCAUCUGGAGGCACAAAAAACAUGCACACACACAGGAUGUCACAUCAGAGAUGGAGAUUGCAACAAAGCAGUAAAUGUUCUUAAUAUGAACAGUAAAUCUAUACCUGUUCCAACCAGUAUAAUGUAUACAUGAAAUGUGUAUUGCAUUUUUUGUUAUUAUAAUAUACUGUUAAUAUAAUAAUUAUAUUGUAUGAUUUCGUAAUUAUGAGGCAGUUAAAGCACAUAUUUGUGAUGUGCUUAAUGACUCAGGUGCUAAUUCACAGAUUUUUUAUUUCUGAAAUGAAGAAAUGUAAUAUUAUCAGGAAUGUAUUAUAGAGUAUAUUUUUUUAUUUACCAGAAAUGAAGACAUUCAUAAAGACAUCUGUUCCAUGUCUUUUAAACUAUAAAAUAUGAAGUCUGUUUUUUUAUUUGAAAUAAAUAGAUUAUAAUUCAAUACACUGAUGCGUGUUUGUGUUUGCUUUUUUUUUUUUUUAUCUAAAACCAGACAUUUAUAUAAUUCUCUUAAAAAACAGGUUUCAAUUUAAAAGGGAGCUUGAAUAAAAACAACAUUGAAAUCAAAGAAGACAAAUAUUAAAAUGAAUUACAUUACACAGAUAUUAAGUUUUGGGAAGAAACUAAAAAAAUCGAAUUGAAGCAGGUCUGUGAUUCCCUAUCCUAGAUUACCAGAUAUAAUAUAUAUUGAUUAAAUGUUUGGUCAUCUCUGCUGUUAGUGUGCUCUGUAGAUUUUUUUCAAUAUUUUUUUUGUGAAAUCUAUAAAACGUCUUGGGAGUUAUAAAACGUCGUCGUCGCCCCCCCCCCCGCUUUUGUUAUAUAAAACUGCAACUGUCCAAGUGACCAUGGCCUCUGUACCGCAGUAAUGACACUGUAAACCCUCAAUAAAAUCUAUUAAUGUGUAAUGUGUUAUGUAGCAUGUUAUGUAUAGUGUUAUGUAUGCGUGUGUCUGUAACUUUCCACCCUACUACUGGUUAUAACACAACACUUGUUCUCAGAUAGAUGCUUUGGAUCGUGUUGUUAUUCACUCACCUCCUAAACUCCUAAACACAGAUUCUGAAUUAAAUCUACUCCCAUGGUUGAAAUGCUUAUUGUAUUUUAUCUAGCAAUCUCUUUUUUAUUAUUAUAAUGUUAAAUAAAACAUAAAUAAAGUGUCUUUCAAAUUAUAUAAUGAAAUGUUUGGGUAAUACUGUAUAUUGAUAGUUGAUAAUGAAAGUUAACCGCCAUUU